AUGGCUGCGCCUUCCGAGGAAUUCUCGGUGAACGCAAAUGAAGCUGUUCGCAUCUCCAUCGUCCAACCCAGCGCGAACGACAAGCUCAUCACUCGGCACGAAUUUCAUCCCAAAUUCACCUAUCCCAUCGUUGGAGAGGCAGAGCAGAUCUUCGGUUACAAAGGGCUGGACAUCGACAUUCAAUUCGCAGCUCAUGAUUUGCGACCACAUAUCGACAUUUCCUACCAAAAGAAGUUUAGCACGAUCGGUACUACAAGCGCCCUCGAUCUGAACAAAACUUUCAGCAACUUCCUACCCCCGACGGCAUUUGAACAAGGGUUUGAGUCAGAGCUGCUCAGCGACUCGAAAGCGGCACAAUGGACACCUCCAGGUGUAUGCGUAAAGAAGUACACAAGAGGCGGAGAGAACUAUGAGGUGUGGGCUGGCUCAUUACUAGACCUCCCAAUGAGAACCCUGGUCGACAAUAUCCAAAUAUUCAUUGUCUUCUUUAUUGAAGGUGGACAGUUCAUCAAUUUGGAGGAUGUCGACUGGACCUUGGAUCGAUGGAGGGUCUAUCUCACCUACCACAAGGCAUCACAGCCCCCGGCACCCAGGGGAUCUCCAUAUUCGUUUGUUGGCUAUGCAACGACCUACCGCUUCUACAAGUUCCAGAAACCGUCAAAGGAUCAUAAGCCCUUCUCGUUCCCGCCGUCAGAAAUUAUUACGCCUAAUACUCUUCCGUCGCGGCUUCGAAUAUCACAAUUCCUGAUCACACCACCUUUCCAAAGCUCUGGUCACGGCUCAGCUCUUUAUCAGGCCAUAUACAACGAGGUUAUGGCAGAUCCGACUGUUUUGGAAUUAACAGUUGAGGAUCCAAGCGAGGAAUUCGACAAACUACGCGACAUGAAUGACUUUGACAUUCUAGAACCGCAGUUCAAAGCAGUCAAUCUCAAGAUACAUACGUCACCUUUUGCCAGCCAGGAACGAGGACGUUUGAAACGCAUACCGACUGCCAAAUUGCUUCCUCUAGAUGAGCUCCAGGCUAUUCGAUCCAAAAAUAAGAUUGCAAGUCGCCAAUUCGCCAGGAUGGUCGAGAUGUAUCUUCUGGCCCAAAUCCCAUAUUCACAUCGUGCAGCCGGUGGUGCCUCCCUCACUAGCCUCAUGGUUAGAGGUGCCAGAGCUCCCAAUCCGGACGACCGCACAUAUUAUUGGUGGCGACUGUUACUGAAACAGCGUAUCAUCAAGAAGAAUAAGGAUCUGCUCCAACAAAUCCCUUUGGAAGAGCGACUGCCCCAAAUCGAGGAUAGUGCGCGUGCUCAGGAAGAUGAAUAUGAAGGCCUCAUUCUUUCGUAUGCACUCCGAAAGGAGAGAGAAGCUGAUCGGCCUGAAAAUGGAGAGUCAUCAGCCGUCAUGCGCAAGAGAAGGGUGAUUGAGGACGACGAGGACGAAGAGUCGUCGAGCGGGGAAGCCUCCCGGUCUAAAAGACCCAAAGUCUAA